UCAUAGAAAUAGAUGACCCAUUUGAGGGGCCCAAACCUUGUUCUCCUUUUUGAAGGAAAAUAAUACAGUAAGAAAAAGGACGUUAGGACUUAGGAGGUCCCGCCACUGUGGAGACCAUUGCAUUCUGCAACGGCUACUUCCAUUUUCACAUAGCCGUUGAAGUUGCGAACGGAAAUUCAAAAUUGUGAUUAACAACUUCACCAAAAAGCAAUCAUACAAAAACGUUUCUCCGCCACCAAAAAGCUCAGAAUCUGAAAAUACAGUUGAAAAUGGUAUACACAUAUACACCAGCAUACUAUUCGUCUUUCCAGGAUUCAAUCAGUUCAAUCUGCAAAUCAAUUCUUCCAUUCUCUUCAAAGAAGAGAAAAUUAAUUGCAGCUGAACAGAAGCUGUCCAAACAGCAAUCUGAUAACCUCAAAUGGCAGCAGAAUUCAUUCCAUCAGAUCCUUAAUUUAAUGGGUCUUCAUAAAGAAGGGAUUAUGCCAGAAUCCGAGGUCUCCGCUCUCAGAACUCACCUCCUUGAUACCCUCAUUGCAUCCAAGGGACCCCACUAUGACCCUCCCCCGAUUCUGAGGGAUAAGCUCCUCUUUCUCCAGGAGCUUCUGUAUGCAAAAUGCAUUUCUGCAGAGGAGUAUCAUGCAUCAAAAAGGCCAUUGCUUCAGAGAUUAGCAGUACAAGGAGCUGAACUCGAGGCUAGAGACGUGAUCGUUGGAGAACGCCGGAAAGAAACUGAUAAUUCCGAGGAAGAGGAGUGGUCAGUGAUCGAUUUGAAGGACGAACAGAGUUUGAUCAACAAGGAUAAAUCAAGGUCCAAAAACAAAUCUAAGUCAACGGUGAAACAAAUCAAAGAGGCAGCCUCUGUUUUGGGGUUUGGGUCAUCUUUUCAGAAACUGGGAAAAAAUAAAGAGCAGAAGAGCAUAUUUGAUCAAUUACCAGUUGAUAAUAAUAACAAUGAAAAUGAGCAAGUUGAUGAAAACCCAUUUUGGAAUGACACUACUCACAAUGAAACUGAAAGUGAAACAAAGUCUAUUCUUAUGUCAGCAUCAGAGUCUGAUCAAAUUGGCAAGGAAAAAGGGAAGAAGCCUGCAUUUCGAGGUCUGUUCCAGGCCGAUAAAUCGGAGGAAAAAGACUCAAAAUGCACAAAGAGGCAAUGGGGGUUUGAUGGGUUUAAGAGAUGGAAGAAGAGUAAUGUGGAAGAUGAAACCACUUCUUUGCCUCUAAGUGAGAGAUCAACUGAUCAAGGACCUUAUAUCCAAGGUCCUGAUGCUAAACACAUCAAAACCAAGAUUCUUUCUCAGGGUUCUUCAUCUGGUUUUUACAUUGAUAAGGUUGUAGGAGAUAACAUAAAGAAGGAGCUGUGGCGAAUUCAAACAGAACUGUCUAGCACAAAUCCAAACUUCCAUUUUUCGAAUGAUGAAAUGGAUGCUAUAUCCACAAAGCUCCCAGUUGACAAGUCUGAUCUUAAGCAGUUCUUUCCCAAUUCUUGGUGCGAAAGAUAUGGUGAUGUGGUGUUGGAUGUUGUGAAGAAGGAAUUCAAAGAUCAUGUUGGAGAGAUGGAAAGUAUGCGUAACGCUACCUGGGAGAGGAGGUGCACCAGUUCAAAGAGGUGGACAACUUUCGAGGAUGAUGAAAAUUGCAAUCCUAAUCCUGCAAAUCAUAAAACAAACUCCAUUUUCUAAUUCAAUAUCUACAAGGGUUAAUCUGUAUAACUCUAUCCUAUUAGUAAAAUGUAUAUCCAACAGUUUUAUGGUAAUCCAUUGUUGUCUUGCCUGAAGCCCUAGUUAGAAGGGUUUCCAAAUAUGUAAUAUUCCAGAUCGAAUAUAUAAUUAAAAAGUUAUUCCAGAAGAAAAAA